AUUGGAAAAUUAGUUCAUUUUUCGAUUUGUAUGCGCACUGUCCUUCGAUUUUGAUGUUUUGAUCCGAUUUUUUCUUUUGACACUGACGUUCUUACAAAUUAAGAAAUUUGUAGGAUUGUCCCGUUAUGUGUGUAUUGUUAGUAAUUAAAUGCAUAGUGAAUUCAUGAAGGUAUAAUUUGAAUCGAUAGCCUGAAUUGUCUUCGAAUCUUAUUACUAUGGACCACAUCUCCUUACUAGACCCCUACGAACAGCAGCUUUUGAAAGUAUUCAACAGUCACGAUAUCGAUAAUUUGGGAAGCUUGGAUAGCGAUGGCUUGACGCAGCUUUGCCAAACAUUACAGCUCGAGGAGCAGACUUUUGAGCUUUUGAAAUGUCUCCUGAGCGACAAAAAACAGCGCGCGAGCUUUGGAGAAUUCAAGGACGCAUUGUUGGCUAUGCUAGGAAGAAUGCAGUGCUCGAAAAACACAUCUGACAGUCCAGUAAAGGAUAAAAAGCCAGCGGAAAAGAGUUCUCCCGAUAGGGAAGUAUCCCCGAAAUUUGUUUAUGGUAGUAAAAAAUACGGCAGACGCAGCAGACCUAGAACUGAAGACAUCAACUCCAUUUUUAACGAAGAAAACGAAAAUUCGCCUACAAAAGCAAACGGCACCCCAGUCCAACGAUCUAAUUCACAAAGCGAAGUUUUAUCGAAAAAACGGAAAACUAACUAUAAGUUGAAAAGAUGUACAUCAUUACCUGGACGAAAAGAUUUGAACAACACGCCAGACAAUCAUUUUAUAACGUCAAACUUAUCAAAUGAGCCGGAUAUCGUGUGUACCGAGGACAUGCUGAGAGAGGCAUGGAAGAAGUUGGGCGUAGGUGAAGAUGGAUAUCUUAAUCAGAGAGAAUUGGUUCUAGUAUGUGACGCUAUAGGAUUACAUAAGUUAGCUGACGAAGUCAUCAAACAAUUCUCGGACGAAUUAUCCGUAAAUUACAACCGAAAAAUAAGCUUCAAAGAGGUUCUGGACGUAAUCCAAAGGGACGAAACGUGGUUUGACGUUUUAAGCAGUAACGAUCAACCGGUCAACUUUAGAUCAUCUCCGAAAGAAUUAUUUCCCGAUUCCAGAACGUUCCAAUACGUCACUUUAGGACCCGAUGGGAAUGGUAUAAUCAACACGGAUACCUUAAUCGAAAUGUGGGAGAACGUCGGUAUUCAUUCGCCUAAAGAACUAAUUCACGAAUUGGGAUUCAAUUCCAGGACCAUUAAAAUUAUGGAUUUAGCUGAGGUUCUGGAGAAACAGACUCGCUCGAUAACCGAAACUACUCGAGACGAAUAUCAGAGUCCCCAUCUGAUCCUGCUCCAAGCUAAUCUCAGUCUGUAUCAGUCUGAGAUCAAGUGUUUGAGAGCUAUUUUAGAACAGCUUCAGGCCGAGAGGGAGAAACUAAAGUUGGACGUGUGCGAGGCGAAUAACCGGGCGACCAUGUUGGCCCAGGAAGUGGAUGACAACCAUAUUCGAAUGGAACAGAAUACUCUUAACCAGGUGAAACUACUGGAACAGCGCCAUGCCGACAUGUUACGAGAUAUCACCUCACAAUAUACGAAAGACAAGGAGCAACUGGGCGUCAUAAAUCAAUCGCUAGAGGACAAAAUAUCGACACUCGAAACCGAAACGAUAAAACUGAAAAACGAUAUGGUAACGGCUCAAAAAUACUCUUUGAACCUAGAGAAAGAGAACCAGUCGUUGAACGGACGAAUUUGCAACCUAGAAAAGGAUAAAGAUGUGCUGACAGGCAGAAUAGAGAUUUUGGAAGCGGAAAAACAGAAAGUCAGUGAGAUUGAAAGAGAAGAAAGCGAAAUGCUGUUAGCAAAACUGACCACUUUGCAGAUCAGAAACUCAGAACUGAAGGACAGAAACGACGAGAUGGAGUCGGAAAUUGAAAGCCUAACAAACCAGGUUAUUAGUAUGAAAGCCAAAGCGAGUAGUACGCCGACCAGGAGCUUCAACACUCUGGACCAAUCGAUGGAAGACGAAAAUAUUUCGGUGAUAUGCGAGACUGGAAUAGGCUUGGGAGCCAAAAGGAGAAGCGAAUGUUCGCCUAGUAAGGAUAUUCAGCUUUUAAGAUUGACAGACGGCAGCCCGCGCCUCGGCAAGCUGCGCAAGUGCUACAAGUCCAGGACGCCGGAGAACCUGGAGGUGCCCUUCACGUCGAGCGAAAGUGGAUUCGACACCGAACCCGAGUCAUUGUCGACCUGCGACAACGAAGAAAUUAACAGAUUACAAGCUAAAGUAGCAUUUUUGGAACAAGUUCUCAUCCAGAACAACAUUCCUGUACCCAGUUACGAGGAAAUUGGAAAAAGUGCGACCACGACCAUGCAACUAACAAACCGAGUGAAAGAACUGGAAAAGACUAUUAGCGAUGUUAAGAAAGAAAUCAACUUAACUCGCCAUUCCAACGAAGGAUGUGUGAAAUGUGAUAGUCUCCGCAGAUUUUUCGACAAGUUGUCCAACAGCCAAGAAUCUAACUCAUUGGACAGUGAUAAAAGUUUUAUUGAACAAAGUUCUCAGACUGAUUUUAGUAUAGCCUUUGUGGAAGAAAAGGUGAAAAAAAUGGAGGAAGAAAAUCAAGAACUCAGUGCUAAAUGUACGGAAUUAGAAGAUUGUGUAGAACUAUUGAGAAACGAAUACGAAAAGUGUGAAGAUUAUUGGCAGACAAAAGUUGACGAAGAACGACAAUUCUUCGAGGCGGAACAAAAAAUCAGCGGAGAUAAACUGAAUGAAUUAUUAGACAAAAUGAGGGAAUAUGAGGAACAAUAUGCGAAUCAGGAUUUAUUGGAUGGCCGACUGCCGCCUAUAGUAGAAACAGAAAAUCUUGAAAAGCAGUUCACAGAUCUGGAACAGGAAUUUGAGGACUACAGGGCGUAUCACGAAAGCGAAAUGUUUAGAAAAGAGGAAGAAAUUAGCGAACUAAAGGACAAAUUGUCGGAACUGGCAACGAGGCAAGAAGAAAUGCGGGAAGUCUCGGUGCAGGCUGACGCUGAUGCCGAAAGACAAAGAAACUACAACAAGAUGAAAACUUUUAAGUGGUGCGUCGCAGAAAUCACGUCCAGAUAUCCCGAAGAAAAUGCACCUCCUCAGCCUUCCUCUUUGGAGUUCCACAGCGCAAAUUGGGACAGAACGACGGUUAAAUCGGAAACCGAAACCUCUACUAGUUCCUUGCCACCCAUGCACUGGUCCUUGCCCAUUAACAGCGAAGGACGUAGGGAUUCUUCCUCUGUAGGUCAUGGGCAACCGUCGACGUCAUCAAGUCAAAACUCGACGCCCUGUAGACCGAAGAGAACGAGAAAACACGACAAGCAUCUCUAUAAGAAAAACAAUCCGGAAAAGGAUGCCAGAAAAAGCGAUAGCGCUGUUACUCAACAACAGCAGUCUCAGCAAAAUAAAGGAGGUGAAGAUAAUGUUGUUUUACCUAUCAGUACGUUCAACAGUAUCUUGGGUAGAAAGAACUACUUGGAAGUUCGGAUAAAACAUCUACAACAGUGUAUGAAGCAGCAACAUCAUGUCAAUGAACAAACCAUUCAAUAUUACUUUCACCAAUUCCGAUGCGAAAGAUCUGAUCUACACGCCAAACUGAAAUUCUGCCAGGAAAAACUGGACCAACAAAUGAAAAUCUGCAACGAACAGCUGGAUAAACUUCACCGAAACGAUCUAUUCGUCAAAGACUUGUACGUUGAGAACUCCUACCUGUUCGCCAAUGUUCAGAGAUUGGAGAAGCAGUGUAAGAUGUUGGCUCAAGCUAAUAAUUGCUCCAGUUCCGUUUGAAUUAUGAACAAUAAUCGAUUCUUUAUAUUUUAAUUAUUCACACAUCGUACCUUAGUGAAGUGGAAAGUGACAAACGUGUCAGAGGUCAAUAAUGAAUUCACUCGUUACAUUCCUAGGACUUUGAUUUUGCUUUUUCUAAAUCGAAACGCCUAUAAGAGAAUGUAUUCGAUUUGGCCUUGAUUUAUGUUGCAGUAAUUUUAGGAAUCGCAGUACAAAUGUUUUUGUAUGUAGCACGACUGAAUUAUUAUAUAUCGCAAAGGUUUUGUUAAAUGUACAUAUUUGUACAAAUUUUGUUUUAAUUUUUUUUCUUCUGAGUAAGAAUUCACGUUAAACGACGAAAACCAUUUGAUAUAAAAUAAACAUGCCUACAUAUACAAUUUACUAAAUUAUAAUAUAUAGAACAUAAAUAUUUUGAUCGAUAUACGGUAAUAUUAAAUGCUCAUUUAAUGAAUUAUUCGAAUUUGAAUGUUAAAAGAAAAAAUAUAUCAAUUUUCCAAAGAUGUUUAACAUUUACAAUUUGUAUAGUUACUAAUUUAGAAAGGACAUUUGAACUAAUUAUUGUAUUUCACUUUGUUUGUUAUACUUGCAUUUGUUGUUUGGUCGUAUUUGGAAAGGAAUUUGUUUUUUUAUUAAUUAAAAAAAAUAUUUAAAAAGCUUGUAAGAAACAUUACUAAAAUUGUUAUACUUAGUAUUAUAAUUGAGAACAAGUGUCAUAAUCGAUUAAAAAUAAAUUGUUUUUUAUAAUAUCCUUUUAUUUAUGUUAUGUCGAUUUAAAAUAAAACAAACUAGAACAACAACAUGUUACGUUCUUAGAAAAAAUAUUUAACUAUGGUACAUAUAUUCAAAACACUGAAUAUUUACAACAAGUAAUUUUAUGAUAUAAAAAACAGUAAGCAACACGUUACAUUUAAAUUGAUUAAACAAGUUAAACAGGGUGAACUAGAUAUUUCAUGAUAUCAAUAUUAUUAAUGUCUACAGUUCUGUAGCGUAUUUAUUAUUGCAUUGUUCUUGGAAUAUCGCAACUGAAUCAUAACAAUUAAGAAUCAAAAUAUUUGUUACAUUUAAAAAAUAUUGGAUUCAGAAUGCAUGCCCAAAACAUUUAGCCAUGCCUAAAAAUAAGGGAGUGAGGGGGGGGGGUGUUCGAUUUUUCGAACCAGAGACUAAAGCAAAUA